AUGGUGAGCGGGAGGUACAGGGAGAGGGAGAGUGAUAGUGGUUUUGUUGGUUAUGGUGGUGGCGGUGCUGAUGCUGGUGCUGGUGCUGGUGCUGGUGAUGAGGAUGGGGAUGAGGGUGAGGAUGGUGGGGGUGCUGAGGGUGAAGAUGGAAAUUCAUUUUGUUUUUGGGCUUGGGAAGGGGGGAUUAGAGCGAGUUUUUGA